GGAUUGGAUUCGAUUCCAAAAGUCAUUUCCCAGCUUAGUCAAUUUCAUUAUUCCAAUUUCUCUCAUAUUUUCCUUUCUAGUUGUGUUCUUUUCUCUGAAUCAGUCAUUCCUUCUUCUACACUCCUUGCUGAGACCCCUAGUCUCAUCUACUAUCGAAACCAAUUACUCUCCUUACUAUAAUAUUUUCUUACCACAUACCCUAGAGGUACUGUGCAGUUAUUUUUGUGUAUUUAGGAAACGCAUAUUGGGUAUCACUUGUCACAGCUUUUUUGCCGUUCAUAUUUUGCAAGCAAACAGCUCGUCUCACAUAAUAGUCAUUCAACCAGCCGUCCUAGUAUCAUAUAUAACAAAUCAGAAAUAAUACGGGGAAAAGCCAUGCCUUCACGUAGAGUCUUGCCGACGCUCUCCAUAUUUUCAAGGAAGUCCACGACUCCGAUAAUAACUCCUACUUCCUCACCAUCAUCUGAUAUCCGAACUACUUCUAUUCCCUUGACACCACCUGCUCGCCUACAUCUUCGACACAUCUUGCCCUCGACACCAGAUGGCAUGCCUACACCACCUCCACCUCCUCGGAAACCAUUCCCCUGGUUGUGGCAGUGCCACUCAUGUGAUACUGUCUACCGGAUUGGCUGCACUCGCCGCUGUCUUGUCUGUUCUCACAACUAUUGCCUCUCAGCAACCCCCCCGAAGACACGCAGGGGCAAGAAACGUCGCCGUAGUGGGAUGUGUGCUUCUGAGUUCGAUUACAACGGGUGGGCAGACUGGGGGGCGUGGCGUCGGAAAGUCCUCGGCAUGGAGACUGUCGGCCGGACAGAAAGGCGCCGCGAGCAGGCCUUCCUCCACGAGUCACACAAUUGCAUGAUCGAUUGCAACUACCCUUCUGAAUGCCACCAUGUUAGAUAUAAGCUACGAGCAGAGAAAUUCAGGAAGACGUUGCUCGAGGCACUCCCAGAGGAGCCGCAAUCUCCACGAAUUGUUGCAAGUGUGCCGAUGAGCCCUGACGACGACUUACCUCUGAACGAGGCGAGAGAGGUGCUAGAAGAAGAGGACAAGGGAAAUGGGCAGAGAAGCCCUACGAGUCCUAGAAGCCCGCUCGGUGAAAUGAGUCUCCCCGAGGAUGAAUCUGAGCGAAAGGGGGACAAAGUAUGGUGGGCCGACACCGAGGAACACGAUAAAAAUAUCAAAUAUACACAAGAGACUCAGAAGCUUACUGAUGGGCUAAGGGGGCCAGGCGAGGCUGGUCCCUCUACUGUCGGUGCUGAAGAUUUCAAUUCCGAAACUUUAUACGCUGCCCUAGCAGAAGAUGAAAACAUGAUGCCUCUUGACCUAGUCAACUACAUCGUAAGUACACGGUGCGAAAGCUGGGAAGAGUCAACGGAUAGCGAUUCUGACAGUGGUUCCGUGUUAUCCUUACCUUCUUCGUCGUCGUCACUUGAUGGGGAAUGGCUACUGGCCAGUGAGUUUGUGCCCGCUUCCGAGGCUGGCGGUGAACAGGAUGAGAAUAAGUUUGAAGAGAAAUCAGGAUAAUUAAGGCAAUUGUCGAACCUGGAAGUUCGUUUUUGCAGGAUUAGCAGUUUUAUAUUAGCAACAAGGACUGGUAUCAGUAAUUUUAUUCUUACGUAGUGAACAUGAAUUUAGAUAUAUUGCAUUACAUAUGAGGACAUAUACCAUCUUUCAAUUUGUAUAAGUUUAGGUACCUAGUUAGGUUAACUACCUAGUGUUCUUUCGCAGUAAUAGAAUCAUCUAACAUCUACACGUACUGGAUUUAUGCACUCAAUUUGGCUAUGAAAGUAUCGUGGACUUUAAAUGCAAAGCUGAAAUCACUGAUAGAUGCUAGAAGAGAUGAGUGAAGCAAAAUUGAGGUUGAAAUAGAAAAUAGGUACUUUGUACCUCCCUACCUACCUGUGUGAUUCCUAGAAUAGUGGUGACAUC